AUGACUCCCGCGGCCCCAGCCCCCGCGGCACCCACCAAGCGCACCCGCCUCCUAGCCCUAGGGUGCGAAGGCAGCGCCAACAAGCUAGGCGUGGGCGUGAUAAGCCACGCCCUCCCGCUCCCGCCCAUCCCAAGCACGACGCAGCCGACAGCAACAGUCCUCUCCAACAUCCGGCACACGUACAACGCGCCGCCGGGGGCGGGCUUCCUCCCCAAGGACACGGCGGCGCACCACCGCGCGCAGUUCUGCACCGUAACCCUCGAGGCCCUGCGCGCCGCGGGCGUCACCAGCCCCAGGGACGAGAUCGACUGCGUGACCUUCACGGGCGGGCCGGGGAUGGGCGCGCCGCUGACGAGCGUCGCGGUCGGGGCGCGCACCCUCGCGCUGCUCUGGGGCAAGGAGGACGCCAUGGUCGCCGUGAACCACUGCGUGGGCCACAUCGAGAUGGGCCGCAGCAUCACGGGCGCCGCGGACCCGGUGGUGCUGUACGUGAGCGGGGGCAACACGCAGGUCAUCGCGUACGCGGAGCAGCGGUACCGCAUCUUCGGCGAGGCGCUCGACAUCGCCGUCGGCAACUGCCUCGACCGGUUCGCGCGCACCAUCAUGAUCCCCAACGACCCGGCGCCGGGGUACAACAUCGAGCAGCUCGCCAAGAAGGCGAGCGGGGACGUGCUGCACGACCUGCCGUACGCCGUCAAGGGCAUGGACUGCUCCUUCAGCGGGAUCCUGGCGCGCGUGGACGACCUCGCCGCGCAGAUGGCCGCGGGGAAAAAGGUCACCACCGCCGAGGGGCGGCUCGUCGACAUCACCAAGGAGGACCUGUGCUUCAGCCUGCAGGAGACCGUCUUCUCAAUGCUCGUCGAGAUCACGGAGCGCGCCAUGGCCCACGUCGGGAGCCAGCAGGUCCUGAUCGUCGGCGGCGUCGGGUCCAACGUCCGGCUGCAGGAGAUGAUGGGCGCCAUGGCGCGCGACCGGGGCGGCAGCGUCUACGCGACCGACGAGAGGUUCUGCAUCGACAACGGCAUCAUGAUCGCCCAUGCCGGCCUGCUGGCCUACGAGAGCGGCUUCCGCACCCCUCUCAAGGACACCACCGUCACCCAGCGCUUCCGGACGGACGAGGUACAUGUCAAGUGGAGGGUCUGA